AUGGCGCAAGAGGAGGAGAUGAGUGCGCUGUUUCCGGUGUUCGCGUUAUCAAUCGUCGCGUUACUGGCCAUACCGUGGACUCUGUUCCGCCUGAUUGGUUUUUUCUCCUCUAAGAAGCAAACCCUGCACUGCCCGUGCUCGCAGUGCGACCGCGAUCCGAAGAACCGUCCGACCAUCUGGGCUCGCGUGUCCAAGUUCCUAUCGAUUCAGAACGUGUCGCUCAUUCUCAUGUGGGUCGCCAUGGUCGCUCUCCUCUACUACAUCAAAGUUCUCAACCGCGAUGCACAGCCAUUCGAGCCGUUCUCCAUCCUGGGGCUAAGUCCAGGAGCAUCAGAUGCAGACAUCAAGAAGGCCUACCGCAAGCUCUCCUUGCAGUACCACCCUGACAAGAACCCUGACCCAGCCGCCCACAAGUUCUUUGUGGAUUACAUCUCCAAGGCAUACCAGGCGCUCACGGACGAGGUGGCGAGGGCCAACUGGGAGAAGUACGGCCAUCCCGACGGGCAGCAGGCCAUGAACGUGGGCAUCGCGCUUCCCAAAUUCAUGCUGGACAUCCAGGGACCCAAGGGAGCGUACCUCCUCCUGGGCCUGGUGGGCGUGGGCAUUCUGCUGCCGCUCAUCGCAGUUGUCAUCUACCUCUCGCGCUCCUCCAAGUACACAGGCAACAACGUCAUCCAAGACACUCUGCGCAACUUCUACCAGCUCAUGAAGCCGUCCCUUGCUCCCAGCAAGGUGAUAGAUGUCCUGACAAAGGCAAUGGAGUUCUUAGAAAUGAAGGUGCGCGGGUCGGACGUGGAGCCGAUGCAGAAAGUCUUCUCCCUCGUGCGCCAUGAGCUCAACCUCGACCCCAAGAACCUCAAGCAGGAGACCAAGAAGUUCUGGACUCGCUUCCCCGCUCUCAUUAAGGUGGAGCUGCUGCUGCUGGCGCAGCUCACACGGCAGGCAGACUUGGUUCCACCUGAGCUGAGGAAGGACUUCAAUACCAUUCUCAAGCUCACGCCACGGCUCAUGGAGGAGCUUAUCAAGAUCUCUCUCUACCCUCGCCCCCCAGUUGGCUACGCCUGGUUGCGGCCAGCAGUGGGAGCAAUCGAGCUCUCUCAGAGCUUCUAUCAGGCCGUGCCGCUGUCGGCCCGCAAGCAGACGGACAAGGGGGGCAGUGCGGAGGGCAUUGCUGCUCUGCUGCAGCUGCCGCACGUGGACGAGGGGGUGGUGAAGAAGCUUACUAGAAAGAAGCUUAAGAACCUCCAGGAGCUCAGGGAACUAAGCGAAGAGGCUCGCACCGACCUGCUCACCACAGUGGGGGGUCUCAGCCCUGCAGAAGCCAGUGAUGUGGAGGCGACUCUGAGCACCAUACCUGAGAUGCUGGUGGACGCGGCGUGCAUCACGCAGGGCGCAGACGACGGCAUUCAGGAGGGGGACGUCGUCACCCUCCGCAUCUGGCUCACCCUCCGCCGCGGCAACGGGCAUGUAGUCUCCCACCCCCACAUGCCGCACUUUCCCUACCGAAAAGACGAGGCCUUCUGGCUGAUGCUGGCCGACCAAGCCGGGAACUCCGUCUGGCUCUCCCAGCGGGUGACUUUUCUGGAUGAGACCGCGGCGAUUCGGGCGGCGGCGGAUUAUACGAGAGAGACGGUGGAAGCGGAGGGGUUUGAUGAUGCGGAGGUGGCGAGGGAGGUGAAGGAGGCAGUUGAGAGGGUGAAGGGCGGCGCGCGGCUGGUGAUUGGGAAGUUUCAGGCGCCGGCUGAAGGGGUGUAUGCGCUGACUGUCAUGGUGAUGAGCGACGUUUGGAUUGGGUGUGACAAGAAGGUUCCUCUCAAGAUCAAGGUGGGCAAGAGAACACGGGCCGGAACAAGGGGGGCAGUGGUACCUUCAGAAGGGGCUGGGGAGAGUGACGAGGAGGGAGAGGAGGAGGAGGGAGAAGGGGAGGAGGAGGAGGGGUAUGAUGAGGAUGAUGACUACAUGAGCGAGUAUAGUGAGGAUGAGGAGGAAGAGGGGGAGGGGGAGGGGAAGAAAGGAGGGGAGGGUGAUAAAACGGAGGGCUCGGAUGGCAGUGGAGAGGAGGAUGAAUCUGAGCCGUUGAUAGAUGGCAAGAAGAAAUGA